AUGGCUGAAAAUGAAAUUGAGGAAAUGUUAAAUCACCUAAGAAGGAUCAAGAGUGGAGGUAAUCUGGAUAGCGACAAGAUUGAUGAAAUUAAGGGACUUGAAGUGUCGCUAAGAGUUUUGAGAACCGUUAUAAAGUAUCAUCAUGUUCUUUUUCGUGAUUCCUUUGUCAAACACAAAAAGAAUGCCAAAUUGACUAUGGCAAUGCUUCACCAGGUAUUGGAUGGGAUUCCAGAUGAAUGUAAAACUAACCUUAAUCUGGAAAGGCUAGAAUCACAUUUGUUGGAAUUCGUGGAACGUGAUACCAUUUUAAAUAAUAAUUAUGAGUUGAAUGAUCUUGAUUUGUCAGAAUGUAUGGAUUGCCUCGAAAAGAAUCUAAAUGAUUUACUGAUACUCAGCCUGGAAAGUGCUAGGUCUUACCCUCCUGAAGAAAACCAUAAAAUAAAUCACAGAUUUUUAAAGGAACUGAAAGUUGUUCAAAGGAAACUGAGAUUUUUGACAUAUUUAUAUGCCACAGAGAUAAAUGGUUACGUCAACCAUGAGAAGCUGGAAUGUUUGGAUACUCGAAUUCAGUUCAUGGCUAACAAUGUGGGACAUUUUUGUCUUGCUUUUUCUGAUGUUGUAAAUGAUAUUGAUGGCAAUGAGGAUGAGGAUGCGUAUAAUGAUAUCUUGAAAAAACCUCCUUAUCUAUUAUUCUUGAUUGUGUUAGUGGAGCUGGAAAUGAAGAAGAUUUUUCUCAGUGAACUAAAGGCUUCAAAGUUUACUCAUUCAAGAACUUUCAAGUACAAGAAAUUACCAAGAGGAUUUUCUCAUCAUCUCCACAGUCUGCUGAUAUAUCUCAGAAAACAAAAGCUCAAAAAAAUUCCUGAUAACAAUGUCUCUGCUCAAAAUAUUGAUGUGGCAAUAGAGUUCUUGUUGUUUUUCCUUGAUGCUGAUGUGUCAAAUCAUGAUAUUAAUGGUAACUGGUUGAAUGAGGUCUUGUUAAAGGUUGGAGAUAUAGUGGGUGAUGUUCUAUAUGUCAUGGAAAAACUUCUUCCUAGCUCUAAAGAUGAUACUAGCAAAAUAAGACUUUUCUCGAUACAGAUAUUGGAGAAAACUAAAGAUCUGAAGGCACAAGUGGAGACUUACUACAAAUCCUUAAAAUUUACUCCAUCUCAGUUCCCCAUCAUUGGUGGAUUGAGCUUUCUGGAUUCUCUUUUAAGGAAACUGAACGAGAUGUCAAAAUCCAAAUCUGAUUUAGAUUUUUUGAUGAUGCCUCUUUUAGGUAAUUUGGAGAAAGAGCUAUCAACUCUUAUAUCCAUUUUAGAGGAGGAGUUGUCAUCUUUAUCAUCCACUUUCAGAGAUGUCGCAAAGGUGCACCAUGAACAUAAAAUUCCUCAAAAUCUUCAGAGACGUACCUUCAAUUUGGCAUAUGAAGCUGAGGUUGCCAUUGACUCUAUUCAGUAUAAUGCUUUUUUGCAUAUUUUUUGCUCACUUCCUACAAUCUUAAAAGAGAUCAAGAAAAUUAAUGCGGAGGUGACUGAGAUGUGGUCAGCAGAUGUUGCUCUUCAGCCUUGCUAUGUGGUAGCACCAUUUAAACACUUGCCAACUCGACAUAGCAAUCCAGUGACUGAUGAGGAGAUAGUGGGUUUUGGGAAUGACACAAAAAAUAUGAUUCAGUAUCUGAUUAGAGGUACAAAGGAGCUAGACGUCAUCCCAAUUGUAGGCAUGGGGGGACAAGGGAAAACGACAAUUGCUAGAAAGGUGUACAAUAGUGACAACAUUGUUUCUCAUUUUUAUGUUCGAGCAUGGUGCGUCAUUUCCCAAACAUAUAACCGGAGAGAUCUAUUACAAGAUAUUUUUAGUCAAGUUACCGGUUCCAAGGACAAGGGAGAUAAGGAUGAUGUUCUUGCCGACAUGUUGAAGAAAAGUUUAACAGGAAAGAGAUAUCUCAUUGUAUUGGAUGAUAUGUGGGAUUGUAUUGCAUGGGAUGACUUAAGGUUUUGUUUUCCAGACGUUGGAAAGAGUAGCAGAAUAGUAGUAACAACUCGACUUGAGAAAGUGGGUAAGAAAGUCAAGUACCAUACUGAUCCUUAUUUUCUUCCACUCCUCAAAACAGAAGAGAGUUGCCAAUUGUUGCAGAGAAAAGUAUUUCAGCAGGAAGGUUGCCCACCUGAACUACAAUAUGUGAGUCUAGAAAUUGCAAAAAAAUGCAAAGGAUUGCCUCUUGUGGUUGUCUUGGUAGCAGGAAUAAUCAAAAAAAGAAAAUCGGAAGAAUCUUGGUGGAAUGAGGUUAAGGAUGCUUUAUUUGACUAUCUUGAUAGUGAGUCGGAAGAAUAUAGUCGCGUGACUAUGCAGUUGAGUUUUGAUAACUUAGCAGAUUGUUUAAAGCCUUGUCUUCUUUAUAUGGGGAUGUUUCCGGAGGAUGCAAGAAUUCCUGUGUAUAAAUUGAUAAGUCUAUGGGUUGCGGAAGGAUUCGUGCAAAACAGUGAAUCUGCUGAAGAUUACUUGAUGGAUCUCAUUAGCAGUAACGUGGUAAUGCUUUCAAAGAGAGGUUAUAAUGAAAAAGUGAAAUACUGUCAGGUUCAUGAUAUAGUGCAUCACUUUUGCUUGGAGGAGAGUAGAAAAGAAGAGUUUAUGCAGACAGUGAAGAGGCAUGUUGUCGAGUUUCAACCUUUGGAUUGGAAGGGAAGUCGAGUGAGGUUUAGUUUCAGUAAAAACGUUUCCAAGUCUACAUCUCUGAGAAUCAAAACACAGAAGCCUUUCCACCAACACUUGAGGUCACUGAUAACAAUCGGAGAACAUCCUCAUGAGUUUCCCUUAAGUAAUUGGAUUCAUACAUUGCUACUUCUUAAGGUCUUGGAUUUGAGUUCCAAUAAAGUGAGGUAUUUGUCGACAGCUACAUUGAAACCACUAAAUCACCUGAAGUACCUUGCAGUUAAGGCAACGAAAUUCUAUUUUGAUCCAGAAUCACGUCUGCCCCAUCUUGAAACUUUAAUGGUGAAUAAUGAUUGCUAUGAUACAAUACUGUUACCAGCGGUUUUUAGGGAAAUGAAAAAAUAUGAUACAAUACUGUUACCAGCGUUUUUUUGGGAAAUGGAAAAAUUAAGGCAUGUUGAUAUUUUUAGAGCUGAAUUUGAUUUGGAAGAGGAUAAGCAGGGGCUAUCCUCUAAAUUGGAAAAUUUGAGGAUAUUAAAGAAUAUUGUUAGAUUUCCAAUUGAUAGGAUGGAUGUGUUAUCAAGGAGGUGUCCUAAUCUUCAACAACUUCACAUCACAUUUCACGGGGGUGAUAGUGAUUCUGCAGAGUCUUUUUGUCUCUCAUUGGAGAAUCUUACCCAGCUUCAAAUACUUCACCUUUCCCUUGGGGAGCACCACAUUGUCUCUGGGUUACAAUUGCCUUCAAAUUUAAACAAGUUGGUACUAAGUGGGAUUCCUAUAAAAAAUCUGAUUUCCUUCAUUGCGGGACUACCAAGCCUGGAGUAUCUCCAAUUACAAGAUAUGUAUUUUCCUCAAUCAGGAGAGUGGUGCCUUGGAGAUAUCACAUUCCAUAAACUUAAGUUGUUGAAACUGGUAAGGUUAGGUAUGUCAAGGUGGGAUGCCUCGGAGGAAUCAUUUCCCCUGCUUGAAACACUUGUCAUAAGAGAGUGUGACAAACUUGAGGAGAUCCCCCUUAGCUUUGCAGAUAUUCCAACACUGAAACAGAUUAAGUUGAUUUACUGCCACAAUGAUUCUCUGGAGGAUUCAGCUGAGAGGAUUAAGAAAGAUGUUGAAGAGAAUGAAGGAAACGACCGUAUUGACGUCAUUAUCACAGUAAGUAGAAACAAACUCCUAUGUUUUGUUUUUAAGUAUCUACCUGCAUCUAACUUGACACCAAUAUGUAUAAUGCAGAAUGAUGACAUCUGGAAGCUAUGA